AUGGCACACCAGCAACUGCCCGACUUCGACGACGAAAGAGACAACCGGAAGGCCUAUGUUAUCACGGCAGAGGUCACUGCUCACGUGUUCGCCGAGUUUCAACAUGUUUUCAGCUCGGAUCUAUUCCUCAUCAAAGGUCCCGCGGCACACCUACAGCUGAAGGAGGGAGCGACGCCCAAGUUACGCAAGGCCCGAUCUAUUCCCUUCGCUCUAUGGGACAAGGUAUCUGAAGAGCUUGAUAGGCUCGUGGCAUUAGGCGUUUUUUCACCGGUGCCGCAUUCCGAGUGGGCUACGCCCAUUGUACCCGUCCUUAAGAAGGACGGCACCGUUAGGAUUUGUGGCGACUUCAAAGUCACUUUAAGUUCGACAUGUGAGCUGGAGCAGUACCCGUAG